GUGCUUAUUGUCCGCAUAAUAUGUUUUCCUAGAAAUUAGGAGUAUUUCCUAACGAAAAACAUGAUUUUAUCAGUGAUAACAUUGUUGAUUAGUUUCAAGUGUUUCGUUGGAGAGGAAGUUAAUAUAGCUGGUUUAUUUGAGAACGAUACAGACCUCGAGAAAGCUUUGACUUAUGCAAUCGACUUCCUCAAUAAAAAUCAGAACGAAGAAGAUGUCAAGUUUGUAGCGUUAACCCAGAACGAAGUUGCCGAAAACGAACCUUUCUCUGCCCUUCAUCACACGUGCCUUUUACUUGAAGCAGGAGUAGUUGCUGUUUUUGGACCAAGAUCUUUCAACAACAUCGACAUUGUCCAGUCCAUCUGCGACUCCAAAGAAAUACCGCAUAUCAUUACGAGGUGGAAUCUCUGGCCUAUGAGGCUUGGCUCUGAAAUCAACUUUUACCCCCAUCCUCCUUUGCUUGCCAAGGCUUAUUUGGAUAUAAUAUUUUCCUUUGAAUGGGAAUCUUUCACCGUUUUGUAUGAGGAUAACGAGAGUCUCAUGAGAGUUACGAGUUUGAUAGAAACGGCAAAAUCAGAAGGGCUUGUUGUUCAAGUCAUGCAGUUAGAGGAAGGAAAUUACAGAUCCACUAUCAAGGAUUUGAAGAAUUCCGGUGAGAGCUACAUAGUAUUGGAUUGCGAAAUCAAUCAUUUAAUUGAGAUUUUGACACAACUGCAACAAGCUGGAAUCAUGAAUGAACGCUUUCACUACUUCAUCACAAAUUUGGAUGCUCAUACAGAAGAUCUAUCUCCGUUCAUGUACAGCAACGCGAACAUAACAGGGAUUCGAAUGAUCAAUCCAGGCAAUGAAUAUGUACAAAAAGUGAGCGAAGAAUUGUAUCCCGAUGAUUACACAGCUCCUUGGAAGCUCAGAAUGGAACCUGCUCUCAUAAUAGACGCCAUGCAAAUGUUUGCUGAAAUUUUCAAUCAUAGGCAAAACCUGAGUCCAGUUCCAAUUGUUGAAAACAGCAACAGUCUUCCAUGUUACGAAUCAGAUAGUUGGGAACAUGGCUACAGUGUUGUCAAUAUGCUCAAAACUAGUUCCUACGAAGGUCUCACUGGUCUGGUCAGAUUCAAUAACGAAGGUUUCCGAAGCGAAUUUUUGAUAGACAUUUAUGAACUGAGAGAAGGCGGAAUUACCGAUAUUGGCAAUUGGAAUUCAACUAGUGGGCUAAAUCUCACGAGGUUCAUUGAAUCACAGGAAAUUUCUGAUAUGGAGAGUUUGAGAAACAAGACUUUUAUUGUUCUCAUCACUUUGACCGAACCAUAUGGAAUGCUGAAACAAACGACUGAACCUAAAACUGGAAACGACAGAUUUGAAGGUUAUACAAUAGAUUUGAUUGAUAAACUGUCCGAGCUGGAAGGUUUCAAUUAUACCUUUGUUGUCAGAGAAGACAAGAUGAACGGGGCUUUUAAUAAAACCACCAAAAAAUGGACCGGGAUGAUAGGUGAUCUUUUAGAGCACAAAGCUGACCUGGCAAUAUGUGACUUCACCAUAACUUCCGACAGAGUAGCGGCUGUAGAUUUCACUGUGCCAUUCAUGAAUCUAGGUGUGAGUAUUCUUUUCAAAAAACCUAAGAAUGCUCCUCCAAGUUUUUUUUCAUUUGCCGAUCCUUUUGGAAUCGAUACAUGGAUCGCUUUAGCAGUAUCGUUUUUUGUAACAUCCCUUCUAUUAUAUUUAAUGGGUAGGUUGUGUGCUGAUGAAUGGACAAAUCCUUACCCAUGUAUCGAAGAACCGGAAUACUUAAUCAAUCAGUUCAGCUUCAACAAUGCGGUCUGGUUUGCGACUGGUAGUUUACUGGCACAAGGAUCUGAAAUUGCGCCUAUAGCAAUAUCAACGAGAAUGGCCGCCGGCAUGUGGUGGUACUUUUGCCUCAUCAUUACUGCAUCCUAUACAGCCAACUUAGCUGCUUUUCUAGCCACUGAGAACCCCGUUGAAUUAUUCAAAGACCUGCAAAGUCUUUAUGAAAACCAGCAUAAAAUCAAAUAUGGAGCCAAGGAAAAUGGUGCUACGUUACGAUUUUUCAUAGAUGCUGAAGAAGGAACAACACUUCACAAAAUUGGUCAACACAUGGUCGAACAUCCAGAAAAUGUCAAAGAAAAUGAUGAAGGUGUGCUAAGAGCAGAAAGAGAAGACGAGCAUUAUGCAUUUUUUAUGGAAUCAACUUCUAUUGAAUAUACCACUCAGAGACAUUGUUCACUGAAGCAAUAUGGAGGAUUGUUAGACGAGAAAGGAUAUGGCAUAGCAAUGAGAAAAAAUUCUCCUUAUAGAAAAAGGCUGAGUUUGGCAAUAUUGGAACUACAGAUGUCCCACUUUUUGGAUGAAUUGAAGACGAAGUGGUGGGAAGAAAGGAGGGGAGGGGGUGCUUGUGGAGGAGUGGUUGAAUCUUCCGAUGCUGAUCCUCUUGGACUACGAAACGUCGAAGGAUGUUUUUUCGUCACCAUUUAUGGAACAAUUUUUGCUUUUGUUCUGGUCAUAUUCGAACAAAUAUGCUAUAUCAUCAAAGCUAGUAGAAAAUCAAGAAUCCCCUUCAAGACAGUUUUAAUGAUGGAACUGAAGUCUUACUUGGACUUCAAUAGCAAUGAAAAACCCAAUGUAGCUAGAAGCAUAACCGAAAAUUCUAAAUCACAAUCACAGGACCUAGAGGACACGCAAAGCGAAAAGAAAAAAACAAAGUCCAAAUCAAAGUCAAAAUCUCCUUCCAUCCGAAUUUCAAAGGCAAGGUCACCGUUUAUUUCCAAAUCCAAGUCUGGAGAGAGGCGAAAAUCGAGGAGUAUGAGUCAGAAAACUUCUUUGGCAUAUGGUUUUGUUAUCCCACCCACUGAAAAUGGAUUUCAUGAAGAUAUUUGACUUAAUGUAUUACUUGAUAGCAGCAUUUUUUUAUCAUGCGAACAAUAUUUACGUAGUCAUAUAUAGAUUGAAAUCUUCCAACCCAUUCCUUAAUGUAGACGAUUCAUCUAAUAAACAGUAUCAUAUAA